ACUGAGAUGCGGAGACCUCCCCGGUCCUAGAGCGGAGCAGGAAGUGUCCCAGGGGAGGGAGCGGAGGGCUCCGGCCUUUCCUUCCCUCCGCGUCCGGCGGGCUCCGCGGCGGCCAGGCCUGCGCGGCCCGCCAACGGGGACGCGCCGUGGGGGCGCCUCCAUUUGCUCCCGCUUCCUCCCUCCAAAGCGGAGCUGGGUUUUCCGGAUGAGCAGGAGACGGGGCUCGGCUAGCCAGGCGCGGCGUCGGCCCUGCGGAGGACCGCCUCGGGGAGGACGCCCGGGAGAGCGGGCUGAAGGAUGAGCAGCGGCCGCCGUGGACUUCCGCCGCCGCACGAGGGACCUGAGUUAGACGCCGGGAAGGAGUUGCGGGCUGGGAGGCGUCACUCCCGAGCCUGCCACGGGCCAGGUGCCAGGGCGACAAAGAGGAGCGGGCCGUCUGGUGAGGGGUGGUCCGCAGAGCCCAGAGCGGGGUGCCCGCCAGCGGCCUCUGAGUGCUGAGGGUGGGGCCGGCCCCAGCUUGGGCGCAGAGCUGAGGAGCCAGAGGCCCUGCAGGCACCGAAGAGCCUCUGAUGCCAGUCUGUGUUUGCUUUUCCGUGGGAAGCAAGGAGAUCCAGAGACCUGGGUUUUUCUGAAUGCCAUUCAGUGGCCUCGUUGCUCUUCUGGGCUCACUUGUCUUCCUGUGGAAUGGGAGUGAGGCCUGUAUUCCCUUGGGGGCCCCUGAGCUGUUGGAGGUUAAGGUGCUGGGUGGUGGGGAGCUUCAUACAGAGCUGGUGUGGAGGAGAUGUGAGGCGGGUAACCUGCCCGGGGAAUCCCAGAGGCCAGAGGGUGGGGGAGGGGACGGUGUGACCCUGUUUGCGCUUCACUUUCCCUCAGUCCCACCGUCUGGACAGUGGCCACCACUCUCUGGUGUCACCCUGUGUGUUCACUGGGCAGGUGGAGGUGCAGCUCAUUCUGUAAAGGUCUUCAGGGCAAGGACGGUGACUUUGGCUCCGAAGGCUCAAGAUAGCGGCUUGCUCGGAUCGUCUGUCUCAGGUCCUCUCCAGGAGGACCUGGCCACCAAAGCCCUGUGCCCCCGAGUCUUGGCUCCGAAGGAAAGUGAGGAGCCCAGGAAGAUGAGGAGCCCACCAGGAGAGAACCCUAGCCCCCAGGGGGAGCUGCCCAGCCCUGAGUCCUCCCGCCGCCUCUUCCGCCGUUUCCGCUACCAGGAGGCGGCCGGCCCCCGGGAGGCCCUGCACCGCCUCUGGGACCUGUGUCGGGGCUGGCUGCGGCCAGAGAGGCACACCAAGGAGCAGAUCCUGGAGCUGCUGGUGCUGGAGCAAUUCCUGGCCAUCCUGCCCCGGGAGAUCCAGGGUUGGGUGCGGGCCCAGGAGCCCGAGAGUGGCGAUCAGGCUGUGGCUGCUGUGGAGGCGCUGGAGCGGGAGCCGGGGAGACCCUGGCAGUGGCUCAAGCACUGUGAAGACCCUGUGGUGAUUGACGAUGGGGAUGGCCCUCCGGACCAGGAGCAGGAGCGGCUGCCACCGGAGCCCCAGAGUGACCUUGCAAAGAGCCAGGAUGCCCAGCCCGUGGCCCUGGCUCAAGGCCCUGGGCUCCCAAACAGACUACCAGGCCAGCUCAGCGGGGACCAAGUGCUCCAGGAUGCCUCGCUGCUUCCAGAAGUGAGCUUGAGGGACGUGGAGCAGAAGGCCUCCCUCCAGCUGCCCCCGAACCGGGUUUCUCCUUUCAAGGACAUGAUCUUCUGCUUCUCGGAAGAGGACUGGUCCCUUCUAGACCCCGCCCAGACCGGCUUCUACGGAGAGUUCAUCAUCGGGGAGGACUGCGGGGUCUCGCUGCCUGCACAUGACCCAGCUGCCCAGCUGGACGUCUCCCAGGGAGAGGAGGACGGGCCUCGUGGGGCACAGUUGCAGGACCUCCAGGGGAAGGACACAGCCCAGGUCUCCUACUUGAACUUUUCCAGCCUCCAGCCAUUCCAGGUAGAAGAAAGACGAAAACGGGAAGAGCCCCCAAUACCAGAGUUCCAGACCUGCCAGCAGACGGCGCUCGUGCAGAGCACCUGCCCAGCCGCAGGCAAUGCUCCGUCCCUGGAGCGCAGCCUGGACGAGGAGGUGACCAUCGAGAUAGUCCUGUCCAGCUCCGGGGACGAGGACUCCCAGCUCGGCUCCUACUGCACCGAUGAGCCGCGGAGCCCCCCGGAGAAGCCGCACAGCCUCCCUGCUUCCCCCCGGAGUGGCGCCGAGGGGGCCGAGGUGCAGACCUCCUCCAGGAAGUCCUACGUGUGCCCCAACUGUGGCAAGAUCUUCCGCUGGAGGGUCAACUUCGUCCGGCACCUGCGGAGCCGCCGGGAGCAGAAGCCACACGAGUGCUCGGUGUGCGGGGAGCUCUUCAGCGACAGCGAGGACCUGGACGGGCACCGUGAGACCCACGAGGCCCAGAAGCCCUACCGCUGCGGCGCCUGCGGGAAGGGCUUCCGCCUCAACUCGCACCUGCUCUGCCACCGGCGCGUCCACCUGCAGCCGGAUGGCUUGGCGCCGGUGAGGAAGAGGGAGCAAGCGGAGCCGGGGCCCACGGGCGGGGGUCCUGGUACCCUGCUGGGGAAGGGCCCGGCCAAGCUAGGCUUCCAGUGCUGUGACUGCGGGCGGGGCUUCCAGCGGCCCGACCACCUGGCCCGGCACCGCAGCGCCGUCCACGAGAAGAGCCGGGCGCGGCCCCUGCAGUGCCGGUACUGUGUUAAGAGCUUCUCGCACAACUCCGACCUCCUCCGCCACCAGCGCCUGCACAUGAAGCGCCGCUCCAAGCAGGCCCUGAACUCCUACUGAGCUGGGCCCGGCCUGCAGUUGCAGCCUGGCCUGCAGGUGUGGGCCCAGGUGCCGUCCCAGGUGCGAUCCGCGGUCGGGUGUGGCCCCAACCUGGGCCAGGUGCAUCCACUCAUGCCCGGUACUGCCUGGGCCCCCCUCCCCAUGGUGCACGUCCUCUGGGACAGGGCCCACUUGCUCCUGCCCUGUGCUCUCAGGUAGAAAUGAGAUAGUGGCCAAGUGAGCAUUUGUUCUGUCUCUGCUGUGCCAAAAAGCAGGGAGGGUGUCUCACCACCAGCCCUGAUUCUCCCUGUUUCCGGGUCUCACAGAAGCCCAUCCAGUGCUUCCCCAGUGGCUGGGGGACUGGCUGCCCAUCCAGUGGUGACCCUGGGGUGUGUCCUUCCCUGCACUCUCCCGUCUGCCCUAACUGCCUUCCUCUCUGACAGCAAGGAGUGGCAGGUGGGGCGAGGGCAAGGAGGGAGGCUGGGACCGGAGGGGACGUGGGGAGCAGGGCCGAGCACACCAGCCAGGCCACAUCAUCCGAAGUCUGAGUCCCUGUCUCCAUCUGGCCACAGGAACGCCCCACAUUUCUCAGGCGGCCCUUUCAGGCUCGGAAGCCUUGGGGGUGCUUUCCGGAAGGGAAGCGGUAUCAUACCCCUUUAUUUGUGAUGGCGUCUGGUGCUAGGGAUUGUGAGCUCAUCAAGGGCAAAGCCCACGUUUUAGACUGUAUGUUGCAUCCCCUCCCCAAAAUGUCGUGUCUUUGUACCUGCAGGCCCUUGGUCAGUAGUUGUGGGGUGGAAGUAGAGCCGUCAUCAUCUGAAAGGCACUUAAGUUCCCCUUCCCAUUCGGUGGGGUUUAGGAAUGGGGAGCUCAGCCUCCCUGUGGGGCUCUUCCGUCUGGGCGAGCUGAGCAGGGGAGACGGAACCUUCCGUGAAGUCAUGCUCUGCACGUGUGUUCACUUGGCGUGUUGAUUGUGUGAGUCUGCUAGGGCCGCUGUAACCGAGAACCAAAAACUGGGUGGCUGAGGACAAUGGAAAUCACGGUCUCAGUUCUGGAGGCCAGAAGCCCCAGAUCGAGGUGUCAGCAGGGCUGGUCCUUGUGCGGGAGAGAUCUGUUGCAGGCCUCUCCUCUGGCUUCUGGUGGUCGCUGGCAGUCGUUGAUGUCCCUUGGCUUGUGGAAGCAUCACCCCAUCCCUGCCUUCAUCUUCACGUGGUGUCCUGUGCGUGUCUGUCUCCAAAUGUCCCCUUUUAUAAGGACACCAGUCAUGUUGGAUUAGGACCCACCCUGCUUACCACAGUAUGUUCCCAUCUAACCUGGUUACACCUGCGUGACCCUGUUUCCAAAUAAGGUCACUUUCUGAAAUACUGGGGUUAGCACUUGAAUAUAUGAAUUUUAGGGGGUGGGGAGCCACAAUUCAGCCCACAACACCAGAUAAUCCUGAUUCGCAGAUGAGUCAGUACAGACUAGGGUUAGCUCUCUGUUCCAUUGGAAUAGGAUUCGGACCCCAGCUUCUGCUUCCCUGCAUGAUAGUAGCCUGGGAUUCUGGACUGAGAGUGACCAUAGGUAGCGAAACCUCAAGCGGUGAAAACUGUGGUCUUGUUCCCGGAAGACAGUGUCGGCUGGGCUCUGACGGAAAGCUUGGGGCUGUGGAGUAGCUGUGGCUGGACCUGGAAGCCAGCGGCCAGGCGGGUGUUAGAGUGUUUGUGUGUCAGGCCCGUCGGUGCGCAGUGAGGCCGGGUAAGUGAAGGCAAGGCCGUUGCUGCUCGUCACCCACUUCAUCGUCACAUUGAGACGCCGCUGCCACAAACCCGGUGAAAGUGUCACAAGGUUUUAUAAUUCGAUUACUGUGCCCAUGUAGACACAUCUACAUGCCCAGGAGCAGUAAAUGCAAUAAAACAUUCGAUCAUACCCUGAACAAGAAAUACA